AUGACGAACAUCUUAAACGUCGAGGACAAGCCGAUCUUUGAUGAUCGCAUCGUCAAAAUCGAGACUCACACGUACAAUCCGUUUGCCAAUACAACGUUCGAACACAGCGACGAGAUAAGAAUACCUAUACAACAGCAAGAUUUAUACACGUUGCCGUCUGAAAGUUUUCUAUACAUUGAGGGAAAACUUACAAUAAAAAAACCAGUUGCGGGGUCUGAUGUGAAAUUGGGAAAUAAUUGCGUCGCGUUCAUGUUCGACGAGAUUCGAUACGAGCUCGACGGUGUGGAGAUUGAUCGCAAUAGAAACGUUGGAAUAACCAGCUCGCUCAAGAAUUAUGUAACUAUGUCAAGUGACAGAAUUAUGAUCGCAAGUAACGCGGGCUGGGAUCCAUGGGAUUCUCCAAGUGGAUACUUUAAUUUUUGCGUACCACUCAACAUGCUGCUGGGAUUUUGCGAAGAUUACAGACGCGUGGUGAUUAACGCUCGUCACGAGUUGAUCCUGAUACGCGCGCGCAACGACAACAAUUGUCUAGUUGGCGAUCCGGCGCGGGAGCCGGAAAUUGAAUUAUUCAAAGUACAGUGGCGAAUGCCACAUGUGUUACUAAACGAGAUAAAUAAACUAUCGAUGCUGCGUGCUCUGGAAAGCGGGCGAUACCUCAGCAUGGCUUUUCGCUCGUGGGAUCUGUAUGAGUUUCCGCUGUUGCAGCGCACGACUAAACAUUCGUGGGCCAUCAAGACUGCUACUCAGCUCGAGAAGCCGCGGUACGUCGUCUUCGCUUUGCAAGCUGGUCGGAAGAACGUCAUGCUCGAAGAUACGAGCCGAUUCGACCAUUGCAAACUGAUGAACGUAAAAUUGUAUCUAAAUUCGGAAUGUUAUCCGUACGACGAUAUGAAUCUAGAUUUCGAUAGAAACAGGUGGUCGAUUAUCUACGACACGUACGUACGUUUCUGUAAAACUUAUUACGGAUACGAUUAUCUCGAGCCGAAUCAAACUGUCGCGAAUUUUCGGCAAAAAGGUCCGUUCAUAAUUAUCGAUUGCUCUCGACAAAAUGAAUCGAUCAAGAGUGCAACCGUGGACGUGCGCAUAGAAUUCGAGUGUAAGGAGAACGUGCCCGCGAGUACCACCGCGUACUGCCUCAUCAUACACGAUCGCGUGGUUCAGUACAAUCCAUUGACCAAUGUUGUGCGCAAAAUUACCUAA